AUGGGAAGUGAAACGAGAAUGUUCACACCGGAAUUUGCCAGCGAUCCGCCCGACUGGUUAGACUCGCAGCACUUGCAGCAAAUCAUAAGGAAUGAAUUUAAAACAUUUCAGAAAAUAGAAAGCGUUCGCUUGACUACUAUACCAUAUGGGCAGCGUGUGCAAAUCGGAAUUAGGUUAGCAGGUGAGCAUGACAACUCAACUCGCUUUGUGAACUAUCAACUUAAAGCGCCGAAAUUAAGGGAUCUAAAGCUUCCACGCUUCCAACUUGAGGUUCACAUGCAUGAGGUGGUGUUACUAGCCCUUGAGAGCCUCUUUAACGAUGUUCAGAAAAAAAUAAGUUUCACACCUAGGAGCUACGUGAGUAAGAGCAGUCUGUAUUUAGAUUACCUUCCAGCCACGGGCUAUUGCUUCGUCACCAAAUUAAAUGGUCUAGACCAAUUGGCAAUGGAGGUGAUCCUAUCAAAGGUAGCUGCUUAUCAUGCUGCUUCAGCGUGUUAUUUGCAAUCGAAGCCAGAUCAAUUAAAUAAGUUUCCUACAAGUAAAGAGCUAGAUCAAGCCUUAGAAGCGAAAAGGAGUUGGAUACAACAACAAUUUCAUGAGAGUCUUAGGGCUAACGACCUGAAGCACUAUGAAGAUAAGGUGAAAUCCUAUCAAAGGACUUUAGCUAGUCGCGGCGAAGCACCUGAUUCGAAGAAAUCAUUCACUGUCAUUUUGAAUGGCGCUUGUUGCUCGAACAACUUACUUGGCCAAUUUGAUGCAUUUGGACAGCUUCGAGAUGUGGUUUUCAAUGACUUUGGUAGUGCUAAUAUUGGACCUGCUGUACACGAUCUGCUGCAACUGCUGCUAACAGCGCCAGCAGCAAAAGCUGAAAGGUUCGAUGGAUUUUUAAGAUUCUACGUAGACGAGCUAGCGGAAAUUUUGAAACUGUUAAAUUUUAAGGGAAAGAUUCCUUCCUUAACCGACAUACAACUGGAUAUACUUAACUAUGGACACUGGGCAUUUGAGACUGUCACAGAGACUCUGCCCAUUGUGCUGGGUGAAUUGGAAUGUGAAGAUAAUGCAGAGAUCUGCAAGUUACCAACAUAUUCGAAAGAAAUCAAGACGCUGUUGCCCUGGCUGGAAAAUCGCGGUUACUUUGAGGUUGCAUAACAAAUUAAAUUGAUUACCAACUAGGAUAGAUUACGUAAAAACCCGAGCAGCAACAACCACCUGAUAAUCCCCCUAAGAGCCACUCUUCCAACUACAUAUUUGAGUUCUGAUUUGCGUGCGAACUGUUGCAGCUGUGUGUGGCACAUGUUGAUGCCACAUUGAAGUCACAUUAGAUGAAAGACAGAAAAACCCAACAACGAUUAUACAA